AUGAAUGCGUUGUGGGUCAUACUGCUUCUUCUUCAUCGAGGAUAUACACUUAUUCCAGUAACUACAGUUCAACUCGGUGAACCUGCAACUUUGCUGUGUGACCUGCCUAAGACCGAGUACAGGCGUAGAGUCGACUGGUACAAGCAGAGUCCUGGAGACUCUCUGCAAAGAAUUUGGACAGUGAAGGACUCUGCAGAACCUGCCUUUGCACCUGAGUUCAAAAACUCAAAAUGGGAUGUUAAUUAUGACAAGAAUCUGGCCAACCUGACCAUUUUGAGGACAAGACAAGAGGACGAGGGAAUCUAUCACUGUGGAUUCACAGCGUGGCUCCAAGAUACCAAAUGGACUGCGACAUAUUUGUUGGUAAAAGGAAACACCCAGAGAACAUCGAACUAUUCUGUUGUUCAAAAGAAAAUAGCCCCUCCAGGAGGCUCAGUCACUCUUCAUUGUUCACUCCUCUCUAAUUUUGAUAACAAGACAUGUUCCGGAGGUCUCAGUAUGUUCUGGUUUAGACAAGGAUCAAAUCCAUCUCAUCCUAGCAUCAUCUACACUGAUGGAAACAGACAUCAUGAAUGUGGGAGUAACUCUGCGACUCAGCAGAGUUGUGUUUAUCAGUUCAAUAAAAGUAUUAGCUCCUCAGAAGAAGGGACUUACUAUUGUGCUGUGGCCACAUGUGGGAAGAUAUUGUUUGGAAAAGGAACUAAACUUCAAGAAAAGGACACAUUGAUGUUUUCUGCUGUUGUGUUUACGAUGAUGAAGGCUGACAAAUACAAAAGACAGGAUGCAGUGAAGCGGCAGCAGAUCUACAUGGCUGUCAAGGCUUUUGGACUGGAUUAG